AAAAAGAAACGACAUCCUUUUCAGGUUCGAAACAACUCCUCCAGUCAACGCGUUGAACGAACAGAUUUAUAAACGCAAUACGUACGCUAAUGAUUCGCUAUUUCGGUACCAUGCGGAACUAUUACAAUCAAUCUGCGAAAAGCACGUACACUCGAAUGAAACGAAGUGGGAGACUUAUUUAUAUUCAUGUUUCCCUCUUAUACCCAACACGUUCUUCGCCUUUUACUUAAAUGGGUAUAACAAACCUAUGGAUAACGUCAACUACUCUGGGCACUCUGCUAAAGUCGGGCGCCACAAGUCAGGCUUUGGAAGUGUCAAUUCGCACUUGACCUUGUUCCCACACGCAGAGCAACUCAGGUCUACAAGGCCGGACUUGGUAGCAGGGUACUGUACGGAAUGGAUCGACAAUGCUUUAUGCGAAGAUAACGAGCUCGCCGUUAAGCUACAAUCAGCCUGUCAAAUCACCUCAGAAGGGACCAUCUUUCCUUACCUUUUUCUCGAGAUCAAGGCGAAUGAUGUAGGCGAUGCGGCUGAAGAUCAGCUUGCUACUUGCUGUGCGGCUAGCCUCGCCGUUACUAAAGACCUAUUCCCGAUCGAGGAUAACAUCGUCUAUUCGCUAGCGAUAGGUCGGACUACGGCACAGCUCAGGCCUAUGUGGAUUGAUACUAAGCUCCCCAGGCCUCGAUAUAUCUUGGGCCGUAGCAUCUUCUUUUUACUAACCCGGGGCGAGGAUAUUCGUUUACUGCAAGAUACUGUGAUGAACAUUCACCAGUGGGGUCUGGGCCGGCGAUUGAAUGCGGUGACGGAGCAUGUGAAGGCCGCGUUGGAGGCUGGAAUCGAAAACUACGCAUUUUAUAAGUUGAUUGACCUAGAAUAACUUGGUUUCCUCGGCGCUAGCGGCUGCUUCAGGUGCGGCUUUAGACGUAACGGCGGCACGUCUUAGGAGCACCGGCGCUGGCGAUGACUUGUAACUUGUAAGGAACGAUGGAAGUGGAUAUCUCGGCGAGCUUAAAGUGUAAUUUGAGUUGAAUGCUACAACGUGUUUGUCGCUUGGGAUGC